AAAAGUGAUUUCGUUAACAACUCUCCUUCCCUCUUUAUUGCUGGACUAAAAGGGGAAAGGGUGACGAGUAUGAAUAUCAAAUUCACGAGCGCGCUCCUAGCCGCUCUAAUCUGCCUGUCAAUCACCAGCCACCUCGUGAGGGCAAGAAGUUUGAAAGAUUUAGCAAGUAUUACCAAAGACGAAGGUAUCGAUAGCGAGGCUCAGGACGACGGUGACGAGGCUACAGACACAGCUGUGGAUGAAGAGGACCCGGAAAACUUAGACACAGAUGACAAUGAAUCGGCGGUGAAAAGAGGCCACUUAACUAACGAGGAUGAUUACGAGGAUGAAUCUGCAGAAUCAGGAAGUACUGCCGAAGAAAGCGGAAGUGGAGGUGAAGAGGAAGCAGCCCCAGCGACUGAACCACUGUGUCCUCCACCAUGCGUCCGUCCUCCUGGCCCAGAGCACUGGGUACCACGACCCCGUUACGAACCCGGCCCAGCCAUUCCUCCCCCACCACUUGAGCCACCCCCACCCCCUCCUCCCUGCCCACCAACAUGCAUGCAAGUGUGCGCUCCCACCUGUGACCCAAGCUGCUGUGGAACACCCGUAGCCAUGCCCCCACCCCCACCAAUGCCAGCUUGCCAACCAUCCUGUGCGCCGACUUGUUGCCCAAUACCACCCCCGCCACCACCUCCACCACCACCACCACCACCUCCACCCCCACCCCCACCACCAAUGAUUUGUCCUCCAACAUGUCAGCCCAGCACCUGCGCACCAGCCUGCCCUCCAAUAUGCUGCAAGAGAGGAGACUAAUCACUAGGCAAGCUACCUUCAACCAAACUAGAGCUUCACGAUCGUGAUGGUUCACGCGAUGGUGGAACGCAACUCGACUUUCUCGUUUUAUUGUCCCGAAAAUGGUAUUUUCUGUACAUACAGUGACGUUUUAAGGUCUUUUGCUUUGUAUCUGAGAGCAUAUUUUAACAAAUUUCUGUUUCAAGUAUCGUUACUGGUUCAAUAAAGUAUUCGAGUUUA